AUGGAGAAAGACAAGGUCCAAGGAAAGCCCGGGGGACACGCGGAUGAUACCCCAUCCCUCUUACAACUUUCCAUGAGCAUCCUUCCUUACGUUCAAUCUUUGUACCAAACCAGCAAUCAAGUACCCUUGAGUGGCAUGCCAGGUAUGACCGGAAUGGCAGCAGCAACGCAAUACUGCAACCAGGAUGGCAAGGAAGACUUCGGCGACUUUGUGCGCAAUGAUGACGAGGAAGAUGACUUGACAGAGGUUGCCGAGCCCUGGCACAAAUAUGAUAAAACGAUAACCCCAGAUGUCUUCUAUCCCAUCCGCCUCGGAGACCUGAUCAAUGAGAGGUACCUGGUAGAGCAUAAGCUUGGAUGCGGUGGCUUCUCGACUGUCUGGAUGGCCAAUGACCUUCAAAAUAACAGAGACGUUGCCCUCAAGAUUAUGUUUGCGGGAGAAUCGGGUGAAAAGGAAAUCUGCCUGCAGGACGAAAUUGUUCGGAAUGGUUCAAGUAUUUCCCUUGAGGGGCCCUGUCUUGACUGUCCGGACGUGAGAGAAAUGUCCAUCACUAUUCGCAUGUCCGCCGCUCGGCAAUUGCUAGAGGCGUUGGAAAUUUUACACGAGGCCGGAAUUGUCCACCGUGAUUUGAAUGAGAGAAACUGUAUGUGGGGAAUGGAACCCCUCCACCAUCUGCCCAGGGGGGCUAAAUACGAGGCACUGGGUCGGCCAUUGAAGCAAAUGAUACCGGUGGACGGUCUCUGGAAGCAAGGAGAGCUCGUUGGGCCUGUUAAAAUCCCUCCAAGCUCGCGCACAAAGAAAUUCUAUCUCAGUGACUUUGGUCUGGCGAAGAAAGUUAACGACUCUGUCACACCACGUGGCUACCCACCAUCACAGUAUUGCUCCCCGGACCGCCUGCAUGGAAAAGAUCCCAGUCCUGCCUGCGACAUGUGGAGUUACAUGGUCAUCUUUUCGGAACUUUACCUUGGCUUCCAGCCUUUUUCUACGUAUUUCAAUGGUGGGAUUAUUGGUGGUUUCGUGAGGUCUUUAGGUCCUCUGCCCGAGGAGUGGAAAGGUCUGUAUACUCACCCCAAAGGCCGUGAUUCCUGGUAUGACCAGAACCAAACUACCAAUCCCGAAUCGACUCUUGAGUCAAAGAUUGCACAUCUUCAUCCUGAAGCCGACCCAACGGAGCGAAGCCAUGUGCUUUCCGUUAUGCCUCGUGUGUUCACUUACGACCCGACGAAGCGUCUGACCGCAGCCCAGCUUCUGCGAGAUCCUUCGUUCAGAGCUAUCAUGGAAACCUACGGUUGUUGAUCCCAAGUUCUUUAUCCUUAGUUGAAAGCCUAGCCCUUUUGCUUUUAUGGAUGUUAAUCAAAG